AUUGAUCUCCCUUGUUUAGAUCUCUUAUGUUCUCCGAUCCACAAUUUUGUUCCUAUGACCUACACUGCUACACCACAGCUAGUCCAGAUUAGUUCUAUGAAAAUGUGGCCUGCGACUCCUUUGAAUCCACCAAAGCAAAAUAUAUCGCCAUUAAUCAGAUUUUCUAGGUGGACUGCUCUAACAGCAGGUGUUAUUUAUGGAAUCUAUAGAUACAACUACUUAUCUACCAGAGAAGUAGAAAUUCAAAAGCAUGAAAAUGAAAUAAAAGAAAGGUACAGACAAAAAAUGGAAAAAAUUAAACAACAGAGAACUGAAGAGGAAAUGGCUCUUCUUGGUAAAGAAGCGGGAGUUGCAUCAAAGUGAUCUUUUACAGUUUGGUGAUAAUGUAGAAUGGAAAAAAAAACAAUGGACUGAAUGUGUGUUAAACUGAGAACUUAUGAAAGUGUCUUUUACUCUAGAUUGUUUUCAUAAUGUAAUAAAACCUAGUUGAAACUUGA